UUGUCUGAAUUCAUUCUCAUGGGUCUAACCAAGGACCACAGGCUGCAACAGGUUCUCUUCACAAUUUUCCUGCUGCUCUACGUAGCCUGUUUAUUAGGAAAUGGGACCAUUCUGGCAGUCAUCCUGGCUGAACCUCGUCUCCACACCCCCAUGUACUUUUUCCUUGGAAACCUUUCUUGUUUGGAUAUAUGCUUCUCUACAGCGACUGUGCCAACAGUGCUAAGUGGCCUCCUUAUAAAGCAUCAGUCUAUCUCCUUUAUUGGCUGCCUCACUCAGCUGCACUUCUUCCACUUCCUGGGCUGUAGUGAGACUGUCCUGCUGGGCGUCAUGGCAUGUGACCGCUAUGUGGCUAUCUGCAAUCCACUGCGUUAUACUGUCAUCAUGAAUAAAUGGGCUUGUGUUACACUAGCUGGGGCUACUUGGGCCAUCGGCUUCUUUUAUGCCUUGAUGCACACAGUGGUGACCUCUCAGCUAUGUUUCUGUGGCCCUAAAUUUGUCUCACACCUUUUUUGUGAUAUCAAACCCCUCCUCAUGUUAGCAUGCAGUAGUACCACACUCAAUUUUAUCCUGCUGAAACUUGUCACUGGUUCAAUCGCUAUCUGGCCUGGAUGA